AUGUCUGCUGCCGUCGCGGCCGCCGCCGCCGCGGCCCUCGCCAACCGCCGUAACAACUCCCCCUCUGCUACAACCGCGAACAAAAAUAACUACAACACUAAUCAACAUUACCUUUCCUACUCAACAAGGCCGCCCCGUCACAACCGCUACGAAAUGCAAAAACGCCACGACUGGAACACAUUUAGCCAGUACUUAAAAAGCCGCCACCACCACCUCCACCCCCCGCCGUCGAUGCGGCGAUGCAGUGGCUCCCACGUGCUUGAUUUUCUCAAGUACCUAGACCAGUUCGGAGAAACCAAAGUACACAACAUUAGCUGCAAGUACUAUGGUGAAACUCAUAGUACUGCAUGCUCUUGUCCGCUAAAACAGGCCUGGAGUAGCCUCGAAGCCGUGGUGGGCCGCCUCCGUGUCGCCUUCGAGGAGCACGGAGGCGCUCCGGAGACCAACCCAUUUGGCUCUCCGGCCGUGUGGUUGUAUCUCAGGGAAGUUAAAGAGUGUCAAGCCAAAGCCAGAGGACUAGGCUUUGGCUGCUGA